AUGGCCUUGUGGGCACUUACCCGCGCUCUGGGCUCCCUGACACUGGCGCCGCCGACUGCCGCCGCCCCUAUCUCGAGUCUGCUCCCCGUUGCCCAGAUGAAGAACAAUGCCCUCCUCCAACUGCCCUCUGCCUUAAUGUUGCUUCCCUGCCGCCCAGUCCUUACUUCUGUGGCUCUUAAUGCCAAGUUUGUGUCCUGGAAGAGUCGCACCAAGUACACCAUUGUACCAGUGAAGAUGAGGAAGUCUGGAGGCCGAGACCACACAGGCCGAAUCCGAGUGCAUGGUAUUGGCGGGGGCCACAAGCAACGUUAUCGUAUGAUUGACUUUCUGCGAUUCCGGCCUGAGCAGGAGACCAAGCCAGGACCCUUUGAAGAGAAGGUUGUGGUAGUCCGCUAUGACCCUUGUAGGUCAGCAGACAUAGCUCUGGUUGCUGGGGGCAGUCGGAAACGCUGGAUCAUUGCCACAGAAAACAUGCAGGCUGGAAAUGUAAUCCUGAACUCUGACCACAUAGGCCGAAUGGCAGUUGCUGCUCGAGAAGGCGAUGCACAUCCUCUUGGUGCCCUGCCCGUGGGGACCCUCAUCAACAAUGUGGAAAGUGAGCCAGGCCGGGGAGCCCAGUAUAUCCGAGCUGCAGGGACAUGUGGUGUGCUGCUGCGGAAGGUGAAUGGGACAGCCAUCAUCCAGCUGCCCUCUAAGAGGCAGAUGCAGGUGCUGGAAACGUGCAUAGCAACAGUAGGCCGAGUAUCCAAUGUCGAUCAUAACAAACGGGUCAUCGGCAAGGCGGGUCGCAACCGCUGGCUGGGCAAGAGGCCUAACAGCGGGCUGUGGCACCGCAAGGGGGGCUGGGCUGGUCGAAAGAUUCGUCCACUGCCCCCCAUGAAGAGUUAUGUGAAGCUGCCUUCCGCUGCUGCCCAAAGCUGAUAUACCUGUACUCUAAUAAAAUGGCCCCCCAUUUUUA